UAGAAGAGAUGAUCAGACUACAAGACUGGACACCUUCAAAUAUCUGUUUCACCACCUCUGGUGAUCUCCUGAUUACCAUGUUCCGUGAUGAUCGAACACAAUCCAAAGUUGUCCGUUACUCAGGUUCCAAAGAAAAACAAUCAAUCCAGUUUGGUGAUGAGGGUAGACCCCUGUAUUCAGAAAAAAACAGAAUCAAGUACAUCACUGAGAACAGAAACCUGGAUAUCUGUGUGGCUGACAGUAAAGGUCAUGCUGUAGUUGUAGUAAAUCAAGCCGGAAAACUUCGAUUUAGAUACACUGGACAUCAUCUUACUACUCCAUACAAACCUUUUGAACCUCUUGGGAUAGCAACAGACAAUCAGGAUCAAAUCCUGAUAGCAGACUUCCUUAAUAACUGUAUUCAUAUCAUAGACCAGGACAGACAAUUCCUGCAUUCUAUAGAUAACUGUAACUUCAAGGGUCCACAUGGUAUACACGUGGGUAAAAGAGAUAACCUGCUGGUGGCAGAAUUUUAUAGUGGUGCUGUUAAUAAAAUCAAAUAUAUGAAGUGAAAAAAUAAAACACCAUCCUUAAAAUUUUAAUAUGCUAUUUAAU